AUGAAGAUUUCAUCAAAGCCAAUAUCAAGUCCAAGCAGAGCAGAGAAAUUUCCACCACCAUUGGUGAUGUUCUUGAGGAGUAAUGGCAGUAGCAGAAGCAGAGGUAAGUCACGUGCAAGCCCAAUCUUUUACUUUCGCAAUAAAAAGAAUUCAGCAGCGAUAGAAACAGAUCAAGAACCAUCCUCACCCAAAGUCACUUGCAUUGGUCAAGUCAGAGUUCGAAGGUCCUCUAAAACCUCACGGCCCAAGAAAGCUGGCUGCGCCACCAACCAAACCCGCCCCUGCCGGUGGUUCAAGAAAAUCCUGUGUCAGAAUUGUACUUCAAGAUUUCAUAAACCAAAGGCCUUCCGCCGGUUUUUUGUCAAAUGGGAUUUGUUUUUCCGGUCUGGAUGUUGCAAGAAAGGUGAUUCCAAAGAGGAUUCUUUCGGGGUUGAACCAAUUCAGACAAGUCAUAAGGUUCAAAAUCAUGUUGAUAAUAAUUGCGAAAUUCUUGUACCUCAAUUUCAAGAAAAUGAAGCGGAUUUUCUUGGUUCCUCUAAUGAAAUUCUUGGAGCCCAAAUUCAAGAAAAUAAAGGGGAUUUUCUUGAUCCCUCUUCUCCACAUGUCGAUAAUAAUCAUGAAAUUCAUGAAGCCCGAAUUCAAGAAAAUAAAAGAGAUUUUCUUGGUUCCUCUUCUCCACGUGUGGUUGAUAAUCAUGAAAUUCUAGAAGCCCAAAUUCAAGAAAGUGAAAGAGAUUUUCUUGGUUCCUCUUCUCCACGUGUUGAUAAUAAUCAGGAAAUUCUCGGAGGCCAAAUUAAAGAAAAUAAAGGAAAUUUUCUUAAUUAUUCUUCUCCACCCAAGAUCGCUUUGCUUUUGACUAGGAGCAGAUCUGCUCCCUACAGGUCUUCGUCAUUGGCCAGCCGGUUUUGGGGUUCUCCCCCAUUAGCUACACCAGAAACAGAGAAUCAAACAGAGAGGGAAGCAAAAAUAAAGAAUGAAUUUCAAGAAUUAAAAAAUCCCAGUUGUGAAAAUGUGGCCAUUGAGUCAAGAAAUAGCCAUGGAGGACAAGAAUUUGAAGGUUCAUUAAAUAACGUUCAAAAAUUGAGUUCAACUGUGGGAGGUGUUACAGUGCAUCCUUUACUACUUACAAGGUGUAAAUCAGAACCAGCAAGAACAGGGGAAAGGCUAAUGCCAGAAGCCAAUUUGUGGAGGCAAAGAAGGUUAGGUGGUGUCAGUUAUUCACAACAUUAA